AUGUCCGACCCGAAUAUCAAAGAAAGGACUGUAAAACAAGUCGACGUGGAUCAUAAAAUUGAAAUCAAUCUCCCGGCUAACGCUCCUUCGGGGAAACCACACAUAAUCAUGUGGGACGCGGUGAAAAGAGACAAUAUUCCACAUGAUUUGUCCACAGUUGAUGUUAUUGUGACUGUACUUUUUGAACUCAAUCUUUCAGCUCUCGCCCAUUUGUUUGAUACUCAAAUCGAGCAGUUCUAUUGUUGGUGGAAAGGCAACGAUGGAAUUGAGGAUUUGGAGGAUACCGAAGAUGAUAGCAGCGAUGGAUCGGGCGCUAACCUCCCCUACUAG